AUGAGACAGAUGAAGGAGAAACAAUGUUAUGACCCUAUGGGAAUGUUUGAACCAUUGCAAAUUCCCCAAGAGACUCGGCAGAAACUCGAACUUUGCUGUCAAUUCGACUACGUCGAUGGAAUGAUUACUCGAAUCCAGUUCGAGAAAGAAGACGUCUCUUGGUCUAAAAACAUUAAAAGAGGAGUGCUAAACAUGCUCCAAAUGAAUUUACGCCAUAAUGAAGAGGCACAAAAUGCCAUUGGAGAGAAUAAAAAUGUGGAUAGAUUAGCUCAGAGCUUUGCAGUUCCUGAAACAACCGUUGAAGGGGAAUGCCAAACUAUCUAUACAAUUAAUAAAGAAUCAAAGCAAUGUCAAGAGAGUCAACAACCCUGCUCUUUCAACGUUACAAAGUCGAUAAAUUUCAAAAAAUGUUCAAAAAUUGUUGAUUCAACUAACGGAUUCCAAACAGAACAACCUCAGCUUAAGUGCAGUCAAUGCCCUAUGAAUGAGGAUGUAAAAGUAAAUGAGGAGCAUGAGGGAACAGCGGAGAAUCAAUGCGCAGAUUGCGACCCUAGAGAGAUGACUGAGCAGAUGUUGGAUCGCCAAACAGUCAUCCGCGCAGUGUUAAAAUGUGGAACGGAACAAAAACAAAAUAAUUGCCCAAAUUGUUGCCAAUUAGAUAAUUCAGAAAUGACGUCAAACUAUAUUUAUAAAAAUACAAAAAUUGAAAGUGAAGGACUUUAUGGCUCUGCAUUGAGGACAAAGACAUGCGCAAAACUUGUUUUAGAAACAGUACAAAAUAUCCAAACACCAGCCCCUCUCGCUGCUACGGCAGAAUCUGAUGAAGCAUUGCUCUACUCGAAUGAAUGGGGAAUGGAUCUUCGACGAUUCUAUAUGUUCGGAGAUGAAGCAUUCCCAGAUGUCAACAGUCUGCCAUACAAAAUGCCAAAAGUUGAGGAAGCCACCCAAGCACUCCGAUCUAUCGUACAGAGCACAAUGGAUCACCAUCACGGCAUCAAAACUAAACACACCAUUGAUCUGAGUAGAUUAGUAAAUAAAAUGAGGAUGUGUAGUUAUGAGGAGCUAAAACAAAUUGAACAGAAUGCCAAAGACCAAAAUGAAGAAAAACAGCAAAAGGUGGCAAUGGAUGUUUUUGUAGAUUCCUUGGCUACAAGUGGGACAAGAAAUACUGUUAAGCUUUUGGCCGAGAUUAUUGAAAAUGAGGUAAUUGAUGAAAACAAAGCAGCAUAUGCCAUUAACCAGUUGAAAAAUCUUCCGAUUCCUUCCAACUCCAUAUUAAAACAAGUCAAACAACUUGCUCAAAAUGUAAAUGUACAAAACAAGCCCGCGGUUAGACAAGCAGCUUGGCUAAUUUUUGGUGCAUUGGUCAAUGAAUUAUGCCAACAUAAGGGCCGAAAAGUGAUGGAAUCAUCUCAGGAUGUGUCAAAAUCCGUUCAGGAGCAAUGUACCGAUGAUAAGAAGGAAGAGUACAAAAGGACAUUGUUAGAGCAGUACAACCAAGCCACAACUUUCUAUGACAAAUUCCUUGCACUUUCUGCUCUAGGAAAUGCCGGGAUUGAUACUACAACACCUUACAUUGACCAAAUAAUUAACGACAAAUCUCAAGAUUAUCUAAUUCGAGUAAAAGCUAUUGACGCUCUUCGCCGUCUUUUCACAAAACAGCCACGAACUAUCCAACAAAUUCUUCUCCCAAUAUUUUUGAAUAAUCAAGAGGAUGCUUAUUUUCGUUCGAGCGCCUUGAAUACUCUAUUGAGAACACAACCAGAACCUUCAGUAAUAGACCAAAUUGUUUAUUCAAUGAGGCAGGAACCAAACAAACGUGUAAAGGCGAGUACUUAUCAGACAUUGAAGAAUGUGGCGGAAUCGAGAAAUCCUGUAGAUCAGCAAGUGUCGAAACAUGUCAAAAACGCUUUGAAAUCUGUCAAUAUUGACAAUGAAGAAAUGAAAAACUACAAAUUAUGGCAAAUUCCUGCUUUCUGCUCGAAGCAACAGGAAGGAGUUUUCUUCACUAUUGGGGCUAGAAAAGCUCAGCGUUGGAUGCCAAACUUUUCUUAUCUGAAAACUGACACGUACCUAAAUGAAAAGUCGAAUCUUGACUCUUUAACUGUAUAUGUUCUACAAGCUUCUGAGGGUUAUGAUAGUUAUGAAGAAACUCGUAACUACACUGCCAGUACAAAUAAUAAUGACCAACACAGUGAGAAUAGUAAAACACUGAAACAAAUUAAUCAAAUGCUUCAAAUCAAGAGCCGAAAUCCGUUUAAGUAUGGAUAUGGAGAUGAACAACAGUCUUCCUCUCAAAAUCCGUUGAAAUAUGGAUAUCCAACUGGACAACAACAGUCUUCCUCUCAGAAUCCGUUGAAAUAUGGAUAUCCCUAUGGACAGCAAUCUACCAAUUAUUUCCUCAGAAAUCAGCAAAACCCAUCAUCUGUUCUCUGUGUUAGAAUAGGAGAUGUUGACCAUUCGUUCCAUGCUCUAAAUCAAAAUUGGGAUAUCAUGUCCAAAAAAAGUGGGAUACAAAAUUGGGCUAUAAUGUCAUCUCAAACAUCAAUCCCAACUACUUCACCAAUGUUGGAAGAAAUUCUUCAGUCAAUUCAAAGAGGAGAAAUGCCAAAGUUCAAUCGUUUAAUCUCGUUAUUCGAUCUCCAACAACUCCAAUCUUUCCAAAAUCACACAUAUUCGGCAAUUUUCAAUGAGAGAGAAGCAUUAAUUCCAACUUCUGUGGGGAUUCCUGUCAAAAUUGUCAACUCAGUUCCGAUGAUCAUGAAUGUAGAAGCAAGUACUCACCUGCAAAAUAGGCAAAAUCAAGAAGCUAAAGUUCAAAUUGAUGCGAGAAUCAUGGCUGGUGUUUCACACGUUCAGAGAAUUGGCUCCUGGACACCUUUCCUCAUCACCGGCGUAAGCAACACCCGCUCCGUCGAGUUAUGCCUCUGA